AUGUCAACAGAACCAGAAAAAAGUAUCUCAGAAUCAGAAGAAGUAAAAUUCAGUAAAGAAAAAAAAUUUAAUAUUCAAGAAACUGCCGCAGUUCAAUCAACAGCCACUACUCAAGAAAGCGAAAAAGUUGAGGAAAAAGGUGGUAAUGUUUCAAUAAAAUUAGUGGAGAUAGGUGAAAAAAAACUUCAAAUUUGGAAGGAAAUCGUAAUUAUUGUUGAAGAAAUAAAAAAAGAAAAAAUUAGCCCUAUCAAAGCUAAAGGUUUAACCGAAAAAGAGGAUAAAAUUAUUUUGGAAGAUGUUGCCCGGGACAAAGUAGAAGGCGAAAAAGGGAUUAAAAAACGAUUGGAAGCUUUAGGAGCCAAAGUUGAAAUUGUGCUAAUCGUUCAUCUCUUUUUCAAGGCCUACCCGAACAAGAUUAUUGACUAUAACAACGACGUUAGAAUCGAGGUUAAAGAUAUGGAAUGUCGGGAGCCGGAAACUGUCGUUGAAGAUUCGAAAGGAAAAAAAAAAAUUAGACCCCAAAGUGAAGCAGAGGCUCGGGCUAACUCGCUUACCUGA